AUGGCAUGCAGGUCUCUCGCCCGAGUCGGCGCGCAGUUGCGCCUUUCAGGUCGAUCUAUCAUUUCGUCGCGUGCUAGCCUGGUCUCAAGCAGAAUCCCUCGGAGGGCGUUCGCUACCUCGGUCGGCGCCGCGGAGCUCAAGUUCGGUCAACCGCUGCACGAGACACACCCCCACCUCCUCGAACCUGGUGAACUUACCCCCGGAGUCUCCGCUCUUGAAUAUGCCCGGCGCCGCUCGCGACUCGCCAACAAGCUCCCCAAGGGCGCAAUCGCUGUUCUGGCCUCGUCGGAGGUGAAAUACCGCGCACCGGGAAUAUUCAACGUGUAUAGACAGGAGUCUAAUUUCUUUUAUUUGACGGGUUUCAACGAACCGAAUGCCCUGGCGAUUAUCGCAAACGAUGGCUCCGGUGACAAUCAUAUUUUCCAUCUUUACGUACGGGAAAAGGACCCCAGGGCGGAGCUCUGGGAUGGAGCACGGUCCGGGACCCGGGCAGCUGUAGACGUCUUCAACGCCGAUGAGACUGGCAACAUCGAGCGAAUUGGAGAAAUUUUGCCCAAAAUCAUCACCCAGGCCACCGAGGUCUACUCCGAAAUCCCUGGCUUCGACCCAUCCAGAUCAACCCUGCACCGAUAUCUUUACGGUCCUACAGUGGCAUCGGAGAAGCUGAAGAAGGUUGUUGAUCAUCGCAAGGUCCAGCCCUUGAAACACAUUCUCAACGAGAUGAGGGCUUUCAAGAGCGAGAACGAGGUCGUACAUUUGCGUCGACUUGGACAGGCUUCGGGACGCUCUUUCACCGAGUCAAUGCGCCAAAAUUUUACUAUGGAGAAGGACUUAUGUUCAUUCUUAGAGUACCAAUUUAAGGUGAAUGGUGCAGAUGGCAGUGCUUUUGUGCCCGUUGUGGCUGGCGGUCAGAAUGCUUUGGCUAUUCACUACACGAGGAAUGACGAUGUUCUCCGGGACGGCGAUUUGGUUCUUGUUGAUGGCGGCGGUGAGCUUGGAGGCUACAUCUCCGACAUUACUAGAACAUGGCCGGUCAACGGCAAAUUUACAGACCCCCAGCGGGAUCUAUACAACGCCGUACUCAACGUCCACCGGUCCUGUCUAGCUCUCUGCCGCGAGAAUGCAAACCUCUCCCUGGACAAGCUGCACGGCAUUGCCGAGAAUGAUUUGAAAGACCAGCUGAAGCAGCUUGGAUUCGACCUGUCUGGCAACGUAAGAGCCGACCUUUCUCGACGCGCAGAAGAUGUAGCUGACUGUGACCAGGCCAUCUCCACACUUUUCCCCCACCACCUCGGCCAUUAUAUUGGUCUCGAUGUACACGACUGCCCUGGUUAUUCCAGAGGGUACAACCUGAAGGCUGGCCAGUGUAUUACUAUUGAACCUGGCAUUUACGUUCCCGACGAUGACCGAUGGCCUGCACACUUCCGUGGCAUUGGCAUUCGUAUUGAAGAUAGCGUCUGUGUCGGAGACGAGCACCCGAUCGUACUGACCCCCGAGGCCGUCAAGGAGGUCGAAGACAUCGAGGCACUGCGUCCUUAG